AUGAGACGGGAGUUGACUCAGACCAAAAAACAAGGAUCCACAGGCAACACAUUAUUAACAUCUCCUAGUCAACCAAUGAAGCUUUCUCCAAAUUCAGAGGAGAUUGAUGAAUUAAGAAAUCAGAUUAAGGCAUUAAAGGAAUCUUUACAAAUACAAGAACAAGAAAAACUAGAAAUGAAGCAGGAGUUAAUUCAGACCAAAAAACAAGUAUUUGCUUUAAUGCAGCACCUAGGAUUUGUUGGUUCUUCAACAGUUCCAUCGUCAUCACCUGAACACAGCAGUAUAAAUGAGGACAAUGGUAGUGACACUGUUAGUGAUCAUAUCCAAUAG